GAAGAUUGCAUCUCGCGACGACAGAGCAUCUGUGUCCCUCCUGUCUGUAGUGUCGUGUAGUGUUGUGAACGUGUUGAUAAACUGUAAAACUGUGUCGCUCUCCGACUAUGGUGGACGAUUGACACUGUAUUUCUGCCCCUAAAGAUUCUGCGGGUGGAAACAUGCAGGACACCCCUUGUGAAACUGGCUUUUCACCAGCCCCAGCCCCUACUCAUGAUAUGACUUUGAACCCUCUGCAAGUCCCAAGAAUGGAGAAGGCCACAGAAGACAAACCCCUCGACCAUGACACCAAAGAAGAAAACCAAGCCAAAGAAACCCAUAGCACUGAUGAUGAUAAACCAGUUAACAACAACACCAUCCAACCUCCAAACCAACCAAACCAAACUCCAGAGGUUGUCACCAAGCAAGCAGACAACUUUGGAGAUGUCCAAUAUGGCUGUCCGGUGUGUGACAUGGUGCUUUUUUCCUCUCACGACUUCACCAUCCACAUCAGGUCACACAAACCCGAGGAUCUCGGUUUCAUCUCAUCGUCUGGGAAAAACCUCGUGUGCCAAAUCUGCUGCAAGGUGAUGACUUCGGAAGCGUCGCUGGACAAGCACAUUCUGACACAUUCAAGAGAGCAACAAUUCAAAUGCAAAAUUUGCGGAACCAUGUUCACCUCCAUCGGGACCCUACAUUACCACAUGAGAAGUCACAGCUCGGAAAACAGGGAUUCUUACAACUACGACAGUGACGCUAGUUCUGAGAGUCUUGGAUCUCCAAAAUCGUUUUCAUCUCUGCCGACAACUCAAAAAAGAAGAAGGGUGUCUAGAACUGCUUCAGAGUACAACAACAACGUCAUUGAGUUUUCACCUUACAGAUCUGAACAUAAGAGGAAAACAGAAGACGACUUUGGAUCGUCUAAGAGAAAGAAAAGUGAAAAGAGUAAAUUUGAUUGUUCUUUUUGUGGUAAAACAGGUUUCCUUUCACUGAACCUGCUUGAGACCCAUAUUGAAGAAUGCCAUCCUGACUAUGUAGCAAAAUGUACUCCUUGUAAUUUGGUUUUCAAAAACCACAGAGUAUUAAACCUCCAUCGGUACAUGGUUCAUCAUUCGGAGUUGAAAGAUCGUUCGGUCGGAAAUGUUAAAGAAACAAUUGGAUUUAAAGACUUGACAUUUGUGGAUUUUUCAAGUGAAAAAUUCCCUCAUAUUGCAAGAGCGAUGUGUGAGCAGAGUUUGCACCUGGCGAGUAGUAUGUUUCACAGGUUUCAAUGUGACAAAUGUAGCAGAGCGUUUCCUUGCGGAUCUGCUCUCAAUAUUCACAGACAAGGCUGUGGACAGGAGAACUACGCUUCUUCGGGGGAGAGCUGCCACCAAGACAACGACUUUUCCUCCAGCGAUGAAGCUCCAACAGAUCUCAGCAGCGCUGGUAAAAGAGGCUCUUGGAGUGAAACCAAAGUAUCCGAGAGUUCUGACGAUGUUGAAGAGGAACGUAAAAGAUUUAACUUCUUUGCAGGACUCGAUUUACAAAAUAAAUCAAUUGUGAAUACUCCUCCGCAGACCUGUCCUCCCACUUCUCUAAAUCUCCGGAGGGAUCUUUAUUUCAACCAAAACAAUUCAGAGAGUAAAGAUCUGGCUGAUAUCCAAAGCAUCAUUUCCGUUACUUCUGCUGGAGGUUUGCUUCACGAUUUGUCAAAGUCUCCUCAACCAACUGUCUUGGAAGUGACACCCCCAGACUCUGGCUCUAGAGCUGGAACUUUUGAGUCAGCUAUUGCUGACGAGGAACAGCAAGACUGUUUUGCUGCUGAGUUUAGAAAAAUGAAACUGCGAGGAGAAUUUCCUUGUAGAUUGUGCAAAGCAAUUUUUCCAAACUUGAGAGCUCUGAAGGGCCAUAAUAGGGUUCAUUUGACCAGCAGUGGUGGACAAAACCCAGUGCCUUAUCGCUGCAACAUGUGUCCGCACUACAGCUCAGAUAAGUCUGCAUUGAUCAGGCACAUGCGCACACACAAUGGGGACAGGCCAUAUGAAUGUGCCCUUUGUCAUUAUGCCUUCACUACAAAAGCAAACUGUGAACGCCACCUUAGAAAUAGACACGCUAAGAUGACUCGUGAAGAUGUGAAAAAAUCAAUUAUUUACCAUCCUUCAGAAGACCCAACAAAUGAUGCAGAUCAUAAACCAAACCGUGAUGAUGUCAAACGUUCUCUGUUCUCUGAGUCAGAUCAGUUGAAUCGCAUCGAGAGUAAGGACAGUUUCAAAAUUGAGAAUACUCACAGUUUUACCAAACAAAACUUGGAAACACCCAAUAUUGUUUUUGAAAAAGCAAACUUGCCAAAGGCUUCACCAUUUGCUUAUGUUCAAAAGGCUCCAAGUGUUAAUGAUAUUACUGUCAAUGAAACUGUACAAAGAAAAUGUCUCGACGUAGGAACCAUGACCCAAGAAGAAAAUGAUGUGCGGAUUCCAGUGUACCAUGCAAAUACUACUCCAGAUAAAACCGACAGUGAUACAGAUGCUCCAUUGGAUCUAUCUAUGGAUGUUUUAGACUUGAGUAAAAAGAAAGCUACUCCUAGAGAACAACCUAUAAUAAGUAAAAAUGAAGUGUUUGAAAAUGCAGAAGAAUUAGAACCACAAGAUUUGUCAAAAAAGCCAAACUUACCAGUAGAGAAAAGGGCGAUCUCAAUCAUAGAACCCAAGGAAACAAUCCCAAUACAUAGAAAUAUUCCUGAAACAAAUAAUGAAGACAAAAUAAACACUUCUGCUCAGUCACCUCAUCCAACUUAUGAAAAUGAAAAUCCUGUUUUACCCAACCCCUUGGCAAAGUUAGACCUCUCAAAGUUUUAUCCAGCGAAUGCCCAUCCAUUUUAUUUGAAUGCCAAUGGACCUUUUCCUGCAUUUACACCAUCUGUCAUGCCUAAUGGUUCCUAUCCACCAUACUUCAUACCACCUCCUCCAGGUUUUUUCCCUGGAAACUCCGGCCAAGAUUUUGUUGAAAUUAAGGAAAGACUUCAAAAAGAGUUGAUUAGAGGUCUUCAACUGACAUCAGGUGGAUCUCUCGUUCUUGAUCAGCUGGCAAUGGUGAAUGCAGCUGAUAGAAUUCAAUCUCUUCAACAGCAAGCCAUGGCAGAAUACAAUUGGCGAAUAGAAAACUCUAGGGAAGAAAGAACAUUCUCCCCGUCGAUGAAAGAAAAAAUUCCCGUUCAUGAAAGUGAAAAAGACACAAGAACCCCAGAAAUAAACCAUUCUAAGUUACAAGAAAAAUUGGCCCAGCCUAAACCCAAACAAGAAACUUCAUCUUCAGUUAAAAUGGUCAUAAAGAAUGGUGUUUUAAUUCCCAAGCAGAAACAAAGGCGUUACCGCACAGAGCGACCGUUCUCUUGCGAACAUUGUGCUGCAAGAUUCACGUUGAGGUCCAACAUGGAACGGCACAUUAAACAACAACAUCCACAAUACUGGUCUCAAAGACAGAGGAAUGCCAUAACAAUGCCAGCCAGACGCAAUCAUUCUAUCGUUCCUAAAGUGCCUCAAAGCUUACUCAACCACAGUCAGUAUUAUUCACAAUCUGGAAUGCCCAACAUGAGUAUUAAAUCUGAAGAUGAUUCAAAGUCCUCGAUCAACAGCGACUUCAACGCUGAUAAAUUCACCCUGGAGGGAAAACAUUGUAUAUCAGAAGAAGUGAAGAAUGCUAUUGCUCUCCAGCUGAAAUCGAAGAAUCCAUCUUCAGAGUCUGUAAAUGAUGACCAUGAAAACGAAGAACUUAUGGAAGAAGAGGAGGAUGAAGAUCUAGUCAUCGAUGAAGAAAAGAAUGAUGAGGUCGAUGAUCAAGAUGGUGAGCAGAACGAAGAAGAAAUUUCAUUCAGAAAAAAGAUGUGUAUGAGAGAAGACAGCGCAGAUUUAGCAAGUGUCUCCAGGCUUCUUGACAAUGCUUCAACUCAGACCUUUCGCCAAUAUUUCCAUUCCGAGGAAGAUCAGCCUGGAGGUGAUGGAAGUGAUGAAGAUGAGGAGGGGUUGGUAGCAGCAGGCAGUGCCAGUGAAGGAUGCAACUCAGGCAGCGAUGAGAACAGGUCAGAAUCAGAAAACAACAGCACACACCCUCCAGCUGUGAAGAAGAAGAGUGCAUACUCCAUGGCUCCAAACAGAGUUUCCUGUCCGUACUGCGCCAGGAAGUUCCCUUGGUCUUCUUCUCUCCGUCGACACGUUCUGACACACACGGGUCAGAAACCUUACAAGUGUUCUUUCUGUCCUCUCCUCUUCACGACAAAGUCCAACUGUGAUCGUCACUUGCUGCGCAAACACGGAGGAGGAACUCCCACGACGACCGAAGUGCCUCCUACUGUCACGGAACAACCCAACGGACCAAACUACACCAUGAGGAACGUCCCCGAAAGGCCUUACAAGUGCAAGAACUGUCCUAGCUCUACAUUCUCCACCCUCAGCAACCUAAAGAAACACCUCUCCACCAAACACCAACCAGGCGCGUUCAAGAACGACCAGAGUGGAUACGAAAGCCAUGGCAGUGCGAGCGAGGAGAUUGACGUUUGUGAUGAAGUGAAAGACGAAGAGAAAGAAAAAAGGCCGAUCACAGAUUUGAGAGAGAUCCAUCCUAGUCAUACUGAAAGUCAUAACUUCAAGCAAGAGACGUUUGUUGCGACCCCGUCAGAUUUACCGUUUAAGUGUCAUCUUUGCGAAGGCAGUUUUGCCGAGCGGCAGGAAGCGUUGGAUCACAUCCGAGACAGCCACAGCUCUGAGUUCCAACUGUUGGUGUCGAAGGGAGCAUUGGAGGUGGGGGCUGCUGCAGAAGAGAACCAUCCAACUGAAGAGAAUGGAGAAGAAAACUUGGAACAGCUGAGGGGGAAGUUUCCAGACUACGCCAAUAGAAAGGUGAUGUGUGCCUUCUGUCUGCGACGUUUCUGGUCCGCCGAAGAUCUAAGACGCCACAUGCGAACGCACACGGGAGAGCGACCAUUCUCUUGCGACAUCUGCAGACGACGCUUCACUCUCAAGCACAGCAUGCUGCGACAUCGCAAGAAACAUUCGUUCCCCGCUCCCGAGGACACUUCUCCAGCCAGUGACGAAGAGACAGCACCCAACAAUAAUAACAACAACUACAACACCAUUCUGACCAAGCACUGGGCUAAGUCUCGGAUGGAGGAGGAUUCAGAUUUAAUCAGUAACCUCCUCGGAAUCCAAGACAAAACUAUCGUCGAUAAAAUGUUGCUUUCAAAGUCUGCUGAGGAUGCUGCUAAAUUGCUAGGUGUCAAGAAGUAAUUUGAGAAAAAGCUACAAUUUUCUAUGUUUAUCAUCAAUAUUUAAGUAUUACCUCAAAGUUCAUCGUGUAAUUUCGGUAUAGACAAAGUCUUACUUUUGAUUCUUGAUGCAGAUGUAGAUUAUCAUUUUUUCAUGAAACAGAAGCCAGAUUUUACUUAAUGAUAUCCUAGAUCCAACCCCAGACAAAGUGUGCGACUGUCAAAGUUCUAUUGUCAUUUAGUUUUUCAUAUGAUGAUAGCUAAUGUGACAGCUAUUGUUUACAACCAGACAUUCUUUUGGUUGAGAAUGAUUCGAAUAUUGGUGAGGCAGAAAACAAAUGAGAGCUGCACAUUUUGG